AGCAAGGUACCGAGAAACAUGAAGGAGCAGGCACGUCUGGGAUUACUGAUCAGGAAAAGGAAUUGUCAAGCAGUGCAUUACAAGCUUUUCUGGCUGGAAAUUAUGAUGCUUGUUUGCAACACCUAAAUACCCUUCAAGAGAUAAACAAAGAUGACUACAAAAUAACUUUGAAUACUGCUGUUGCUGAGUUCUGUAAAAGUAACCAGACUACAACAGACAAUUUGAGACAAACCCUUAACCAGCUGAAGAACCAGGUUCACUCUGCUGUUGAAGAAAUGGAUGGUUUAGAUGAUGUUGAAAAUAGUAUGCUGUACUACAAUCAAGCUGUUAUUCUGUAUCAUCUGCGUCAGUAUACCGAAGCUAUAUCCGUUGGGGAGAAGCUGUACCAGUUUAUAGAGCCUUUUGAAGAGAAGUUUGCCCAGGCUGUGUGCUUCUUGCUUGUAGACUUAUACCUGCUAACUUACCAAGCUGAGAAAGCCUUGCAUCUGCUUGCUGUUCUGGAAAAAAUGAUUUCACAGGGCAACAAUAACAGCAAGAAUGGAAAAGAGUCAGGUAAUAACACAAAUAAAGAUUCCUCAAAUCAAAAAGCUGAAAGUGGAGCUUUAAUAGAAGUUGCUAAAUCUAAGAUACAUCAGUAUAAGGUGAGAGCCUAUAUCCAGAUGAAGUCACUAAAAGCAUGCAAAAGGGAGAUCAAGUCUGUUAUGAAUACAGCUGGGAAUUCAGCUCCUUCUCUCUUUCUUAAAAGCAAUUUUGAAUAUUUGAGGGGCAAUUAUCGUAAAGCGGUGAAACUUCUGAACAGUGCGAACAUUGCUGAACAUCCAGGCUUCAUGAAAACAGGUGAAUGCCUAAGGUGUAUGUUCUGGAACAAUCUUGGCUGCAUCCACUUUGCAAUGGGAAAGCACAAUUUAGGAAUUUUUUACUUCAAAAAAGCCUUGCAAGAAAACGAUAAUGCGUGUGCACAGCUAGGAACAGGCAGCUCAGAUCCAGGUAAAAAAUUUUCAGGGAGACCCAUGUGUACGCUACUGACUAACAAACGGUAUGAGUUGCUCUAUAACUGUGGAAUUCAGCUCUUGCAUAUUGGGAGGCCCUUAGCUGCCUUUGAAUGCCUGAUUGAGGCAGUCCAGGUUUAUCACUCAAACCCUCGUCUUUGGCUGAGAAUAGCAGAAUGCUGCAUUGCUGCCAAUAAAGGGACAUCAGAACAAGAAACUAAAGGUCUUCCCAGCAAAAAGGGAAUUGUACAAUCUAUAGUAGGUCAAGGCUACCACCGUAAGAUAGUCCUAGCAUCCCAGUCAAUACAGAAUGUCGUUUAUAAUGAUGGGCAGUCCUCAGCAAUACCCGUAGCCAGUAUGGAGUUUGCAGCGAUUUGUCUAAGAAAUGCCUUGCUGCUACUACCAGAGGACCAGCAGGAGCCAAAGCAGGAAAAUGGAUCUAAAACUAGUAAUCAGCUGGGGGGAAAUACAGAAAACAGUGAAAGCAGUGAAGCAUGCAGCAAUAAAAGUCAUGAAGGGGAUAAAUUCAUUGCAGCUCCACCUUCUUCGCCUUUGAAGAAACAGGAAUUAGAAAAUUUAAGGUGCUCAAUACUUGCGUGUAGUGCUUACGUGGCUCUGGCUUUGGGUGAUAACCUUAUGGCAUUGAAUCACGCAGAUAAACUUCUUCAGCAACCAAAGCUGUCAGGGUCUCUUAAGUUUCUUGGGCAUUUGUAUGCAGCAGAAGCUCUCAUCUCUCUAGACAGAAUAUCUGAUGCCAUCACUCACUUGAACCCUGAGAACGUCACUGAUGUUUCCCUCGGGAUCUCUUCGAAUGAGCAGGAUCAAGGGUCUGACAAAGGAGAGAAUGAGGCGAUGGAAUCUUCUGGCAAGCAGACCCCACAGUGUUAUCCUAGUUCGGUCACAUCUGCGCGAACAAUGAUGUUAUUUAACCUUGGAAGUGCUUACUGUUUGAGGAGUGAAUAUGACAAAGCUCGAAAGUGUCUUCAUCAGGCUGCUUCGCUGAUCCACCCCAAAGAGAUCCCUCCAGAGGCUAUUCUGCUGGCUGUAUAUCUUGAAUUACAGAAUGGUAACACGCAGCUGGCACUGCAGAUCAUCAAGAGAAACCAGCUUCUCCCUUCUGUGAAAACACUCUCUGACAUGCGGAAGAAGCCUGUGUUUCAGCCAGUCCACGCCAUCCAGCCCAUUCAGAUGCCGGCUUUCACCACAGUUCAAAGGAAGUGAGGUCGUGCUUCAACCUGCUGCUGCCCUGCCCACGAGGGUGGGGGAUUUUGUAUAUUUUUUUUUAACCUAGGACAUCUGCAUACCCCAAUUGCUGGAGUGUGUUCAUUUAUGUAAAUUUUUAAUAAAACAUAUAAA